AGGGCGCGGGGAAGCCGAGCGGAGUGCGGCGCUUGCGGGCGUGGGCGGCGAGGCUGGCGCGGAGGAAGGGGGAGCUGGGGCAGGGCUACAGGGCGCCGAGCUAUUGCUGGGAGCAUUGGGGACGUGGGCCAGGCUGGGCGGAGAGGCAGGGCACAGGCCGGGUCAUUUCUGGGUAUUGGGGCUGUUUUGCUCUCAUACAUCAGAGGGAAGCUGCUCCUGUGGUUCUAGUGUCUCGGGAAUUAAUUUCACUUCCCCAGUGUGACUUACUUCUGCAAACUCAGUCCUAGCCCGCUGCCCUAGGGCCGCCUGUACGCAGGAGCCCAGGGAAUAGUGGAGUGGAUGAAAGCUGCUAAAUCAUCUCCAGUUGGAGUCCCCAGCGUGUUCUCGCUUCACUAUGGCCCUGUCUUCUCGACUGGCGGAACCGCCUUUUUGUGGCUGGGCGGUGUACAGCGCCAAGGAUCAACAUCAAAGCAAGCAGCUGUGUACAUGCUUAACUCCGAGCACGUGUUUGAGAAUAGGAAAUUCUUUGGGAAUAGAUUUAGGCAUUUGCUUCAAAAUGAAGCAUGUAGUGAAAUGCCUGUGAAAUGGAGCUCAAGCUUAGUGUCAGCACCAAAUAAUCAAUGAAGUGAAGUGACUGACACAAAGUCACAGAACAAAUAAGUGGCGGUCAGCAUUUGAAUUCAGGGGGGCCUCCCUUUGGCCGCUGGCCCAUGCUAUCUGUCUUUUGAGGUGGCGCGUUUUAUAGGCGCUAUUAUUCAAGACAGACGUGAGUCACUAAACUGCUUCUGAGUGGCAUAUGCAUGCAAUUGCAUGAAGCGCUGGUUAUUUUGCAAUUAUAUAAAAUUGGGUUUGAAAAAGUAGGUGGGUGCAACAAAAACCAAAGAACCGCGCUAGAAGAGGCCAUUAAAAUACUGGGGCUGUCAAGCUACCUGAUCUUUUUGCUCCACUAUGUACCGUGCAGCGGAUGAGAAGUUUUAUGAGCUGCACAUGCACUUUUCUUCAGUAUCUGUGCAGUAGCCACAGCCCCCCAUGGGGUUGGAGAAGAUCAGACCCAGUCACCCCAUGGGGUUGAAGGCGGGAAGGGAGGGGCUCAGACGCGGGCACCCCCUGGGGUUGGAGGCGGGGCUCAGACCCCCGCGGGUGAGCUGUGGCAGUAUCCCGUCCACCUCGCGCCCCACCCUGGGGUUGGCAGUUGGCGAGGCCCGGCCGCCCCCGCGAGUCUCGAGGCCGCGGCGGCGGCUCAGGUUGCUGCGGUGUCACAGGUAAUGACAACGGCUUUGAUUUCACCCUCUUGCCUUCCCUGUUCCCACGUUUUUUGACUGUUCACUAUCAGUGUGACCGCAUGGAGCCAGAUGCUGAGACUAUCAGCGCUCCCAGGCAGCUAGGGAAGUACAGAAUCAAGAGAGGCAUAUACACUGAAGAGCAGUUCCAGAAAAACUAUGAAAGAAACACCCCCUCCCCAAGGAACAGGGACUUCAGAAUCCAAGGAAGGAUCCAGUGCAGAUUCUCCUGGGCAAGAUUCAGGAAGAUUAUUCUCAAGAUGUUUCCUAUCCUGAACUGGUUGUGUGCAUAUCGAGUCAGAGAGUGGUUCCUGAGUGACAUACAUGCAGGCCUAAGUGUGGGGAUGGUCCAGAUUCCGCAAGGACUGUCAGGAGUUUUUUUAACGAGGUUACCAAUACCAAUUGUCAAUGGCUUCUAUUCUGCAUUCUGCUGCUCAUUAACAUAUGUUGUAUUUGGGACUUCGCGCCAUAUCUCCAUUGGUUCAUUCAGCAUUCUGAAUGCAAUGGUGGCAGAUGUUCUGAAGACGCUGAAUUUCCGCCCAAUAUUGACUGCUAAUGGAACCUUUGCCAAUUUCUCAGAUGCAAAUUAUAUGAAGAGUUACAUGGAAGCCUUGACACUUACUGCAUCAACAACAUUUCUGACUGGGAUCAUCCAGUUGCUUUUAGGCUGUUUCUGCUUGGGGUUUGUCACAACCUAUCUGCCAAAGACCCUCAUCGACGCUUACCUCACUGCAGCAGCGCUGCAUGUCAUCGUAUCCCAGUUCUCCUUCAUCUUCGGGAUUGUGAUCAACUUCCAUAUGGGCCCCCUGGCCAUUUUCUAUAACCUGUUUCAUUAUUGCAUGGCUCUCCCAAAGGCUAAUGCCACCAGUAUAUUGCUAUUUUUGGUUGGCCUACUCAUGCUGAGGGUCAGCAAUUGUAUCAAGAUAACUUACAAGCACAGUCCUGUUGCAUUCCCUAUGGAACUUCUCCUGAUUAUUACAAUCACCAUUAUUGCUAACCAUGUUCAUCUGCAUGCCGAAUCCAGUAUGCUUGUGGCCAAAAUGGUUCCACACAGGUUUCUGCCUCCUACGCUGCCAGACUUGUCAAAUUUGAGCAGGAUUGUAGCCCAUGCCUUCUCCCUGGCUAUUGUAAGCUACUUCCUUCUCAUUUUUGUGGGAAAGAGGUACGCUUGUAUUCACAACUACAACAUCUCCAGCAACCAGGAGCUCAUGACUGUGGGGCUAUGCAAUAUCUUCAGCUCAUUUUUCAAAAGCUUUGCUGUCAGCUGUGCUAUUUCUGGGACUGUCAUUCAGGAGAAGACAGGCGGAAAAACACAGUUUGCAGCACUAAUUGGAGCAUCCAUAAUGCUAGUGGUAGUGAUGAAACUAGGACACUUUUUCCAGUCUCUGCCUAAUGCUGUACUAGCUGCGAUUGUAAUGGUCAACAUGUUCCCAUUUCUUGAAAAAUUUAUGGACAUCCCCACCCUGUGGAGACAGGAUAAGUAUCAUUUUGUUAUUUGGAUUGUGACUUUUGCAGCCGUUCUGUGUCUUGGUCUCGAUAUCGGCUUGGUCAUCGCAAUGGGAUUCACCUUCUUCAUCAUCACUGUUAGGUCACACAGAAUGAAGAUUGUGAUGCUGGGCCAGAUUCCAAACACGGAUCUAUACAGAAGUUUAUCUGACUACAAAGCAGCAGCGGAGAUUGAAGGUGUGAAAAUCUUCCAGUGUUGUUCCUCCAUCUCCUUUGCAAAUAUGAGACAUUUCAAAGGCUACUUGUUACAUAAGAUGGAUGUGAAAGCAGUGCCCCUGGAUGAAAAUGAAAUGAGAUCUUUAAUCUCAGUUAGUCUGUCUAGCACUGGAUUGGAGAGAGAGGAUUUGAAGUGUGCCUGUGUUUGUGAUCCACCUGAGCCAUUACCCAGGAUACCCUAUACUGAGAAACUGGUGAAGCGACUUCAUAGCGAUAAUGAGUCUUCAUCGUCUUCCCUGAAUUUGAUACGUUGGUCAAAGUUUGAAAGCAAGCACAGUUCUGGGACUCUCACAACAGGAAUGUCGCAAACACAGCAUGCUCAGUCCACAGCCAUCAGGCUCAGGGCAGCAAGACCUGAGACUGGAAAGAAGAAGGAUGAAGGGAAGAGGACAUGGCAUUCUUCAGACCUUGGAGUAGAUACUUCCACAACUCUAUUGUGCCAAGAACCAGUACAGUUGCAGUCCACGGAGUUUUCAACAUAUCCAGUCCACACUAUUAUUUUAGACUUCAGCAUGGUGCAGUUUGUGGAUUUGCAAGCUUCAGACUUACUGAGGCAGAUGUUCCACAUGUUUCAGAAUAUUGGCAUUUCGGUCCUGAUAGCCGGCUGCCACCUCUCUGUAAUAGCAAUCUUUGAGAAGAAUGAUUUCUUUGAUGACUGCGUCACCAAAGCACAGUUCUUUCUAACGCUGCAUGAUGCUGUGCUGGCCGCUUUAGAACAGAAUCAAAAGCCAGAGACUGUGGAACUCAGCAUUGGAGAGCCUGAACAGGAGUUAGAUGAAGGGCUCACAGAAGAACAGAAGGAGAGAAGUCUGCACUCCGGUAACAACAAAGAUAUUUCCUCUUUAAAGACUACCAGGAGCGAACUCUUAAAUGAAGAACCGAUAUCCGAUCUCUUCCGCACAUAUUCACUCCAGAGUGAAACAGAGAUGAACGUAUUCCAACAGUAUGAUGCUCCACCCCCUGAGCCAGGUGACAGAGAUGAGGAGUGGGAGCAGAAGUGGAAAUAUGCCAGAGAUCCCUGAGAUGCUCAAGAGCUGACAGGGAAUCCUAGUCCAGUAAAUGGGGAGAGGUGCUGAUAUAGCACAGUUCAGGUAGUUCUUGCCUGCAUUUUGGUGGGGUUUUUUGCCUUUGUCUCUUUCAAAGUUAUUGAAGUAGCCAACUAGCCAGUCCAUCCAAUGGUUCUGCUGGUUUAAGGAAACUAGCACAGUUUAUGAAGUUACCCUUCAGGACUUUCAAACAGAGGGAUUAUU